CUUCGAUUAAUUUGGAUUUCGACAUGAACUCGCAGGUCCAGCAACAGCUCCUCAAUGCAGUGGGCAACCAAGUGUUAGAGUCUCUGCAUGCACAGGAAGAGAGGCUGGAUGCCGAGAUCAAGCAGCUUGAGAGGAUGGAGGAAGACGAUCUCGACAAGCUGCGCGAGCGACGGCUGCGCGCGCUGAAGUCCGCCGCGGCGCAAAAGCAAGCGUGGAAGAACGCCGGCCACGGGAGUUACUCGGAGCUGUCAAACCAGCAAGAGUUCUUCGACGUGAUCAAGGACAGCGAGUGCGCCGUCGUCCACUUCUACAACGCCACCAACGCGUACUGUCCCAUCAUGGACAAGCACUUGACGGCCCUCGCCGAGUCGCAUUUGGAGUCGCGGUUUUGCCGCAUGAACGCCGAAAAAGCCGACUACCUCGUCCAGAAGCUCGGCAUCUGGAUGAUUCCGUGUGUGGCGCUGAUCAAGAACAAGAGCGUCGUGCACAUGUUGCAAGGACUCGACGAACUCGGCGGCACGGACAACUUCAGCACCCACUUCCUCGCGUACUUUCUAUCGACCAAGAACGUGCUCAAGUUUGAUGGGACGCCGCCCGAGAGUGUCACCGACACCGGCGUCGACGGACCCAAGCCCGCUGGCCCCAUCAAGCAGUCCGUGUUCGACUACAACAGCGACGACGACGACUACGACUAACUAGCCAACUAAUAACGUUAGCUCCCUGUUUGUACGUACACGAGUGUCUCUUAUGCACA